AUGCCCCGAGAAAUUAUCACACUACAGGUUGGACAGUGCGGGAAUCAAGUCGGAUGCGAGUUUUGGAAACAGAUCGUGAAAGAGCACGGCAUCCGACCCGAUGGAAUCAUAGAAGACUUCGCUCGUGAGGGAUACGAUCGCAAAGACGUUUUCUUCUACCAAGCCGACGAUGAGCAUUAUAUUCCUCGCGCUCUCCUGAUCGAUUUGGAGCCGCGAGUUAUUUCAAACAUUCGAAACUCCGAGCAUAAGAACCUCUUCAACCCUGAGAACUUUUACAUAUCCGAGCACGGAGGUGGCGCUGGGAACAACUGGGCGUCCGGAUUCGAGCAAGGAGGCAAAAUCAGUGAAAAGAUUUUUGACAUGAUCGAUCGAGAAGCGGACGGAAGUGACAAUCUGCAAGCUUUUAAUAUUUGUCAUUCAACAGCUGGUGGAACUGGCUCCGGCUUGGGAAGCUAUUUACUCGAGAAUCUUCACGAUCGUUAUCCAAAGAAAAUUAUUCAGACAUUUUCUGUUUUCCCAUCGCAAGAGUCCGAAAGAGGAUCUGACGUCGUUGUGCAGCCGUAUAACACGAUAUUGACUACUAAACGACUUACGCAAAAUGUUGAUUCCUGCGUGGUUCUUGAUAAUGCGGCGCUUCACUCGAUUGCUGUUGAAAAAUUGCUCAUUCCAAAUCCUGACUUUACCGUUAUCAACAAACUCGUUGCUACAGUGAUGUCUGCCUGCACAGCCACACUUCGCUACCCAACGUACGUCCACAACGAUCUGCAAUCAAUUCUUUCGCCGCUGAUUCCUGUCCCCAAGCUUCACUUUUUGAUGACUGGCUACACGCCCCUUGCGGUUUCCGAAUCAGAAUCAACAGUCGCCCGAACUACUGCGCUGGACGUUAUGAGGCGUCUCCUCAACACAAAGAAUAUGAUGAUGAAUGUGGGCGCGCGAGCGUUGAGCUCGAAGCUCAAUCACGUGUACAUUUCUUUGCUGAACAUAAUCCAAGGAGACGUCGACCCGGCGGACUGCUACAAAAGCUUGACGAGGAUCAGACAGCGGAACUUGGUCAAAUUCAUUAGCUGGGCUCCAGCGGCGCCAGAGCUUGUUCUUGCUAGACGAUCGCCGUACAUUGAGACGAGAAACAAGGUUUCCGGACUCAUGCUCGCUAAUCAUACUAUCGUUUCUUCGCUCUUCCAUCGAUCAGCCGUUGACUUCGACAAAAUGAAGAAGCGUAACGCGUACACCGAGCCCUUCCGGAAGCACGAGAUGUUCAAGGACGACUUGCUCGAGUUCGACCGCUCCCGGGAGGUAGUCGGCGAUCUGAUCGACGAGUAUCGCGCCGCAACAAAAGAAACAUACCUCACGCGCCACAUGAACAUGCAAGGCUAG